AUGGUGCUGGACACGCUCGAGAAAGCCUCGCUCCGGGUCGCGCACCGCGCGCGCGCAGCCCUCCCCCCAACGCUUGUCCACCUCUACGACACCAACUUUGGGCUGACCCUCAUCGCGCUCGCUCAGUUCUUCUUCGCGAGCAUGAGCAUUAGCGUAAAGUGGUUGAUGGAGACGACGAAUAUGAGCACGCUCACGCUCAUCUUUGUGCGGAUGGGUAUUACGGGCACAUGUUGCUGGGUCACACUACUGUUGCAGAGAGACCCCCACCCUUUCCUUGGUCCACCUGGGAUUAGGAAAUUACUGCUACUGCGCGGCUUUGCGGGCUUCUCGGGGUUGCUGUGCGCGUACCAGGCUCUGAGGGGGUUGAGGGUUAGCGACGCCGUCACGAUCGGAUUCCUCACGCCCAGCGUGACUGCUCUCUUUGGUUGGGCUGUCCUGGGAGAGAGCUUUAGCUUUCGCGAGGCCGUGUCUGGUCUCGUCUCGCUCUUCGGCGUCGUCCUCAUCUCCCGACCACCUUUCUUGUUCGCGUACAACCACGACAAUGCACCUUCCAUCGAACCUGAGGCGGCAGGGCCCGCGCGCGUGCGCCUUGGAGCCAAUGUGAUGGGCGACGAAGACAGCGCCGCCCGCAUGAUCGGCGCGACGUGGGCUGUGGUCGGCGUGUCCUUCUCCGCCACGGCUUACCUCACCAUUCGUCACAUCGGGACGCGCGCAAGUGCACUUCAUUCCAUCUCUUAUUUUUCGAUGGUGUGCACAAUCGCUACAGGAUUUGCGAUGCUCGUGUUCCCGCAAAACCUCGAGUGGCCAAAGGACGUUUAUGGCUUCUGCCUCGUCUUCCUGAUCGGCGUGUUCGGCUUCUGCGCACAGGCCCUCCUCACUUACGGCCUCCAGAACGAAAAGGCCGGUCGGGCCGGACUGGCAAUGUACCUCCAGAUCUUCUUCGCCGUCAUCCUUGAGCUACUCCUGUUCCAGACGAUACCGUCCUUCAUGUCGUUCCUCGGCACGGUCAUCAUCCUCUCCUCAGCAGCCUGGGUCGCUAUGUCGUCGCUCAAGAGCAAGCCGCCGCCAGCGGUGUCGGAUCCAGAGUCGCGGCCUAUCUCGCGCACCCCCUCGCCAAUCCCAGAGGGGACCCGUACCAUUCGUGGAGAGCAUUACGACUAUGCGUCCGUGCCCACUGACGAGCGACACGAGCGGCGGGAUCGGCGCUUCUCAAACACGACGUCGCUCUCGACAUCAUCAGAAGCGUUUGUCACCAGACGCUUGUCACAAUCGCCCCUUCCGCGGACCGAGUUGUUGCCCCGCCAUUCAACGGGGCAUUGA